ACAAACACYGGAGGAGUUGGCUCGGAGCUGCUGGUGGACUGUAUGUACAGCAUCAGGUAACACACGACAGGGUUUAAUUACAUCCGUGGAAGGGCUGACCCAGACUGAACCGGUCUCUGCACACACGCUGCCAGAUGUCUGAUCCCCUCGGCCCGCUCCUGCUCCACCACUGUCUUUAGUAUUAAUGCGAGCCGGACCUUGUCCUUUUGACGUGGUUUGAUUCAUGUGAGAAUGAGACGUGCUUACUGAAUAGUUGAUGAGCUGGGAGAAGAAGAAAAGAAGUGCCAGAGUGGGGUGGGUGCAGAAGCGGAGAGAGGAAGGGAGGGUUCGAGGGAGAGAGUGAGCAGAAAGGAGAGGACCCACUCUCCUCCCUCCACACAGCCUCAGUGAGCUCGCCAGGUCCGGAGGCUCCAUGUCAAACUGAGAGGUCCUGAUUCUGAGGAGCAGCAGGGAGCAGAGGAUGGCCCGUGCCUUCAGCUGAGCGGAGGAAACUGAGGCUCGCCAUGGAGAAACUGAAAGGUCCCACUGUGGGAGGCACUAAAGCCACCUGUGGAUGGAGAGCCCUGCUCCUCCCGCAGCUCAACAGACAGUCUCUGUACGUGUACGGCAGCGAGGUGGCCGUGGAGAAGGAGUGCAUCCGUCAGCUGGAGAGUGGAGUCUUUGUCAUUCACCCUUUCAGCCCCAUGAGGAGUUACUACAUUAUGUGCAUGAUGGCCAUCACCUUCCUGAACCUGAUUGGGAUUCCCAUGGAGAUAGCCUUCAUGGACGGCACCGGUGGGCUGGCCUGGGAAAGUUUCAACGUGUUCUCRGACACCUUGUUUCUGCUCGACGUGGUUCUGAACUUCCGAAUGGGGAUCAUAACAGAGGACGCCGAGGAAGCUAUUUUAGAUAUAAAGAGGAUCCGACUUAGUUACCUGCGGACAUGGUUCAUCCCAGACAUCAUAGCAGCUUUCCCAAUUGGAUACAUUCUCCUGUUUGCGGACUUACAUUACCACAGUGAUGACAACCCAUCCAAGACCAACAAGAUGAUGAGGAUCCUGAUGUUUGUGCGGAUCCUCAGCCUGAUUCGACUCGCUCGAGUGUCCAGGCUGGUCCGGUUCUUUAACGAAGUGGAGAAGGUGUCAAAUGCAAACCUGGAGGUGGUCCGUUUGUUCUUCCGCAUAUUGUCUCUCUUCAUGAUGAUUUUUUUGCUGUGUCACUGGAACGGCUGCAUUCAGUACUUUGUGCCUAUGCUGGAGGAGUUUCCCACUGACUGCUGGGUCCGGAAAGAAAACCUGAUGAAUUCCACAGUCAUUGUAAAAUACUCUUGGGGAGUUUUUCGAGCUCUCUCUCAGAUGAUUGCUCUCUCCUAUGGUUCCAUGGACGCUCCAACAAAUUACAUCGAGCUGUGGAYCGUUAUGGUCAGCAUGGUGUCCGGCUGCCUGAUGUACACCAUCCUAGUGGCCAACGCUACGACCAUGAUUGCCAACCUCGACCCUGCAGCCAAGGAAUACAAGAGCAAGAUGAGCCGUUUGGAGCACUACAUGACCUUCAUGAAGCUGCCACCAGAGCUGCAGCUUCGCAUCAGCAACUACUACCAGGCUCGCUACGGAGGGAAGUGGUUUGAUGAGAAAUACGUUAUGGAUACAGUCUCCUCGUCACUCAAAGAGCAAAUCCUGACAGUGAUGUGCAACCGGCUGCUUCAAAAUGUGCCAAUGUUUCAAAACAGAGAUGAGAACUUUAUUAGUGACCUCCUCCCUAAACUGGAGUACGAGGUUUUCCAGGAAGGAGACGUCAUCGUUCGACAGAACGUUCCAGGUGAUCACAUGUUCUUCAUCGAUCAUGGCCAGGUUCUCAUGGAGAUGGAUUCCUACGAGAGAGAGCUGUGCGAUGGAGACUUUUUUGGAG